GUAGUAAGCACUUCGUAAAAACGCCUAUGCGUUUGUUUAUGGUGGUUAAUCGGAUACUAACCAAAGUAACUACUGUUACUAGAGUUGCAAAACAAAGCGUGUACCUAAGUACGGUACUUAAUAUUUUUUAAAUUUUAAAAAACGAGGUUCUUUAAGAGAAUGAAGGAGGAAAUCGCAGCUACUGUGUUCUUUAUCACUAGACUGGCCAAGAAACACGGGAAGCUGGACCGGCGCAGCAGGGAGAAGUUCGCGGUGGAGCUCACGUCGGUUCUCUUUGAGAAAUACAAGAGCCACUGGUACCCGGACAACCCGAGCAGAGGUCAAGCUUUUCGAUGUUUAAGGAUGAAUAAAGCACAGUGCAAGGAUGCAGUCUUGGAUCAAGCUUGUAGACGUAGUGACAUAGACUACGAUGACCUGGGAUUGCCAAAGGAGAUGACCAUUUGGGUGGAUCCCUUUGAGGUGUCAUGCAGGUAUGGUGAGAAGAGCUCCCCUUUCUGUGUGGCUCCACUGGAGAGCCAUCCAGAUGAUGGCGAGUUCUCCCGCUGGAUCAACAGUGCGGUGGAGAAGGCUUCCUCAGACUAUCACUCUGGGAGCUCCUCCGACGAGGAGUCUGGGACCUGUAACAGCAGCGUGAACAGCAGCCUUAGCAGUGGAAGCUCUCUUUCUGAGCACAAGAGCAUCCCCACCGUGAGCAAUCCCAACAGCGUCUACCAGGCCAGUGAAUUCUCCAAGCCGGUUGCACAGCCCUGGUCGCUCUACCCAAAGAGGAAGAUCUACUCUGGCGAUGGGUACCAGCAGCAUCAGACGCCUGUAUACUACCUACAGAACAAGCCCUUCAAGAACUAUAGGGCUUCAUUUGCCUUCUCUGGGCCACGUGUGGACCGGUACCACUGGGUCAGCAAGAAUCGUUCCUAGCAUGUGCUGCGGAUUCAGCCUCCCUCCCGGAUGGUGCUGAAGUGGUGCAAACUUUAAAUUUAAACCUAUAAAUCUAUGAAAUUAUUUAUGGGGCAAGGCCUUGCCUUUGAAGUACUUUUAUACCUAAAUUUUAUUAAACUCUUUUUAUGUCGUCUUAAACUGUAACUGCUCAAAAAAGGCUGAAAAAUAAAAGUGGCAUUUUAAACUGA